AUGGUUGGCGCCUUCCAUGGCCAUGCACACAAUCGAAGGUGUCAGCUUGACUGGCACCCAAUGUAUAUCUCUGGAACUGGCCAUACUGAGGGCGAGGGUUGUGAGCAUAUCUUCUCUGCAUCUAACGAUCUUGCGCGUAGCACAAGGCAUGCUAACCGUUUUCAUCGCCACCAAGCCAUCGAGGAACAUUUCGCUUUUUGGGAUGCCAAUAAGUAUGCUGCACUUAGUAAUUAUUUGUGGACUCAUUAUCGCAAAGCGUUGAAAUCUGUUCAGUUGCUGACAGCCGAGCUAGAAACUAUCAAGGCCGAGCUACGCCUUAGCGACAACGACUUCCCUGGAUUCUUUGAUCAGGAACGCAUAUAUCUGGAUGGUUUGAAGCAGCCAGCUCCACGAGAUCGACUCUCUAUACGUUACGUUGAAGUACUAGAUGAACUCGCUGAAAGAAGAGCUGAAUGGGAUCUCGCCCGUGAAUCUGGCAAUAACGCUCUUAAUGGAGUACAUAUCGGCAGCUUGGAACAGAUGCAUGACGCCCUGAAGCAAGCUCGCAUCCGAGUUAAUUCUUCAUACACCAAAUUACAGCAUGCCGAGGGGCUUGUUGCUCAUUGUGAAACACUCUUAUCUGUCGAUGAGAGAUGGUUGAUUGGCGGUGACGAAUACAAACAUUUCAAGGAGGAAGCGACACUCGGCAAGUAUCAUACUGCAUUGGAUGAACUCGAACGUUUGGUCGUCAUGAGAUUGUUUGAACUCUCAAAGCUCUCGUUAUCGGGCACAGGUUUGAGAUUUCCACUACUAGUAAGCGCUUGUACUAUGACUGAUUCGUUUACAAAUUGUUUAGGAUACAAACUACGUCAACAGAUUAGUAAAGCUUUACAGUGGCGCUCAGACACUAUUCGCAAUGCGAUCAAUUGCUACAAUAUCCAGGCUGCUUCCCUCAUCCCACCGAGACAAACGAUCGCAUGGAAAGACAUUGCCAAAUACAGUUUCCUUGGUGAGUUUGACCUUCUGCGUGACUCUCAUACUGACAUCCAAGACAAGGAUUGGGCAAGGCCAGCUCACCGUGAGGUGACUACAAAGUACUUCAAGCUCUGCUGA